AUGGACGACCAAAGCAAUCUGAUGAGGCAAUUCCUCAACCAAAUGAGCUUGGCUCAAAAUCUUGGCUUUGGACAACUGGGCGAAGAGAAAAGGAUGGACGACUGCACCGGUAGGCAGCUCGACAGGUAUCAAGCAGGUCGAGCAGGAGUGAGCAUACAAGACGAGGGACAACAACGUGAUAGACCUCUCAACAUGUCGCAAGCAUCUGCAAGCCACACUCAGAGCAGAUUAAGCUUAAGGAAAAACGUGCGCAAAAGGCUGGGCCCACUACUUGACAUUCGCGCUCGCCUGAGCUCGCAGGGAAACGUACAUCAAAGGCUAGGCCCCCAGGGAGGUCAGCUAGACAACCAUCGCAACGAGGAUCGUGAAGAAAGGCGCUCAGCUGUCCACUCUCAGAGGAGUAUUCACGAAAGGCUAGGCCCCCAAGGUGGUCAGCUGGAUAACCCUCAUAAUGAGGAUUAUGAGGAAAGGAGCUCUGCUACUCACUCUCGAAGAGUUGAUUCUCGUUGGCAAGCUACAGAAAAUCCUUCGCAAGGGCAGUCCACCAACACACCGCCUAGGCAGCGCAGGCGAGAAGGUCGACCCUCGCAGACCAACGAGGAGGUCAAUUAG